GAGUCCCGAUCGCACGUAUCCUGCAGAGGUCAAUCCACAAUCCGCUCAGCGACCAUCUCCUGAAACCGUCUCACUUCCGCACCCGCAGUCAUGGCCGAACUCGCCUUUCUAGCCCAGGCCAACUCGGCCUUUGUCGAUGAGGACUACGAGACAGCCCUCUCGUUCUACUCUCAAGCCAUCAGCGCCAACCCCUCCAACCCCGAGUGCUAUCUCAAGCGCGCCAGCACCUACACGAAGCUCGGCCUGCACUCGCAGGCCUUGAGCGAUGCCCAGAUGGCCGCCGCUCUCUCCCAGGGCGACCAGGGUAUCUUUGUCAAGGCCCAGUUGCGACGUGGUGCCACAUCGGCCACACUGAAGCAAUGGGCCCAAGCCCGCGAGGCCUUUGGCGAAGUUCUCAAGGUCCAGCCCGACGAUGCUGCUGCCAAGCAGGGCUUUGACAAUGCAACAGAAGAAUUCGUCAGAGCAGGUGGCAAGCUCGCUCCUGUCGAUCCCGUCGCCCCGGCCGCCGACGGCACCGCUUCCUCGGACAGCACCACGGCGCCUGCCAGCAUCCCCACGACCGCCAGCUUCCUUCCUCCGUCCAAGAUCCGCCACGAGUGGUUCCAGAACGACAACUUUGUCACCAUCUCAGUCUUUGUCAAGCAUGCCAAGCCCGAGAAUGUCGAGAUCAUCUUCACCGAGCGAGCCACAUCCGUCACCAUCAAGCUGCCAUCGACAGGAUCCGACUACUCCCUUGAGCUCGAUCCCCUAUCGCAUGAGAUUGUCCCCUCCGAAUCAAAGUACUCGGUGCUCUCCACAAAGAUUGAAAUCAAGCUCAAGAAGGCCAACGAGGGCCUGAAGUGGGGUGCUCUGGAAGGCGAGGAUAGCUCUCUCGCUCAGACGAUGGCCAAGGCACCGACAUAUCCCACCUCCUCCAAGAAGAACUGGGAUGCGAUUGCCAAGAAUAUCGAAGGCGACAAGGGCCAGGGCGAGGAGGCCCUGAACGAUCUGUUCCGGACCAUUUAUAAGGACGCCUCCGAUGAGACACGUCGCGCCAUGAUCAAAAGCUAUGUCGAAAGCAAUGGCACCUGCCUCUCGACCAACUGGGACGAGGUCGGCAAGAAGCGGGUCGAGGUGACUCCGCCAGAGGGCAUGGUGGCCAAGAAGUACGAGUAGCGUCUCGAGGCUGUCGCAUGGACGGGCGGGCUGCCCCCUAGACAGGCGGGCUGUUGUCUGCGCAUAUUUUACUGCUGUUUUGUGCUUUUGGAGGAUUAUCUCUGGACGAAUAUCUCCGGAAGCGGUUUUGAAUGAGUCUCGGUUGGCUGUAUCACAAUAGCACAAGCUUCACCGAUCUCGACAGUGUUUGUUUCGAUACCCAAUCCAUCUCCAACCUUUGCAUCUGCUGGCCUGUGCUGCAUCCCAAAGCGGGCGAUUGCGUGAACAGUGUCUCGAUUGGCGGCACCCUGGUCCAACCCGUGGGACACUGCUUUUGCCCGCCCCAGCAAACCUAGUUUGCCCUGGCUCCAAGUUGACUCGUCCACGUUG